AUGGACAAAAGUUGGAUGAGUGAAGGUGAUAGACUUCUAUCACCUGUUUACGCUGAAAGGGUUAAAAAUUUCCUAACAAUGGCACGAACCCAUUCCAUAGGAAGUGAUCGCAUUUGGUGUCCGUGCCGUUUAUGCUGUAAUAAUCUCUUCUUGCCUAUAUUUGAGGUGGAGUCUCACUUGUUCAUAAAAGGGAUAGAUCCAAACUACACCCAGUGGAUAUUUCAUGGGGAGGAGGAAACUCUCCCCAUCAUUGACGAUGAUGACGAUUCCGAAGUAGAAAGUGGAGACGUCUACAUUGAUGACAUGGACCGUAUGUUUGAUGACAUACGGGCAGCCACAUGCGAAGAUGCUCCUGAUGACAACACUACAUCACCAACUCACUCAGCAAUACCACAGUCCUCCCCAAACCCAACUUUUGACCAACUAUUAGAGGAUGCCAGCCGUCCUCUUUUUGACGGCUGCACAAAAUUCUCAAAGCUCUCUUUUGUUGUGAAGUUGUUACACAUUAAAACACUUGGUGGGUGGUCAAUCAAGUCUUUUGAUAUGCUCCUAAACCUUUUGCGGUCAGCCUUUCCUAAUGCUGAAUUGCCACAAUCAUAUGAGGAGGCCAGGACAUUGGAGCGAGGUUUGGGAUUCACGUCCCACAAAAUUCAUGCAUGCCCUAAUGACUGCAUAUUCUUUUGGAAGGAAAAUGCUAAUCUUAAUGAGUGCCCUAUCUGUAAAGCUUCCCGAUGGAUGCCAAAUACACACGGGUCACGAGUGAUCCCUCAAAAAGUGCUUCGGCAUUUUCCUUUGAAGCCAAGAUUGCAGCGUCUCUUUGUGUCAAGCAAGAUAGCAGGUGACAUGAGAUGGCAUAAGGAGCAGCGGGUCACCGAUGACACUAGUAUGAGACAUCCUGCUGACUCUGAGUCCUGGAAGACUUUUGAUCAAGCUCACCCCAGAUUUGCACGGGAUGCUGGCAAUGUUAGGCUCAGUUUGGCAAGCGACGGAUUUAAUCCAUUCAACAAUCUGGCUAAACCUUAUAGCAUUUGGCCAGUGAUUCUUGUUCCGUAUAACUUACCGUCGUGGUUAUGCAUGAAAGACAUGUUCUUCAUGACAUCCCUCACUAUCCCUGGCCCAAAAUCACCAGGAAAUGAUAUUGAUGUUUAUUUGCAACCGUUAAUUGAUGAGUUACUUGAACUCUGGGAACAUGGGGUACCUACAUAUGAUGCAUCUACUAAGGAAAUGUUCAUGUUACAUGUUGCCUUAUUGUGGACAAUUAGUGACUUUCCUGCCUAUGGAAAUCUAUCUGGGUGGUCAACAAAAGGGAAAAUGACAUGUCCGUCUUGCAAUGCACAAACAGAUUCCAAUUGA